GGCCGGUGAUUUGCCCGGGCGCCUCCGUGUGCUCGGCCAACGGCCUCUGACAGCGCCCACCCGAGCGCCCCAGGAGCCGGCGAGCGGCGGUCCUCGCCAGCGACUUUCAGCGGGCCCAGGGGGACAAAAGUGGCUCUAAAUCCAGCACAUGCAUAUUGAAGCAAGUUAAAGGAUUCAAUAUGAAGCACAGAAACAGAUAAUGCCAAAAAGCAAGCAGUAGUUGGUACACAUUUAGUGAGUGGGGCAGCAUUUCCUUCUCCCAGUGCUGCUGAGAUGGCGGAAAUUAGUCGAAUUCAAUAUGAAAUGGAAUACACCGAAGGUAUUAGUCAGCGAAUGAGGGUCCCGGAAAAAUUAAAGGUAGCACCACCAAAUGCUGACCUGGAACAAGGAUUCCAAGAAGGAGUUUCAAAUGCUAGUGUGAUUAUGCAGGUUCCAGAGAGAAUUGUUGUAGCAGGAAAUAAUGAAGACAUUCCAUUUUCAAGACCAGCAGAUCUUGACCUUAUACAGUCAACUCCCUUCAAACCUCUGGCACUAAAAACACCACCUCGUGUACUUACGCUAAGUGAAAGACCACUAGAUUUUCUGGUAGAAAAACCUCCUCCAACCCCUCAAAAUGAAGAAAUCCGUGCAGUUGGCAGGCUAAAAAGAGAGCGCUCUAUGAGUGAAAAUGCUGUUCGCCAAAACGGACAGCUGGUCAGGACUGACUCCAUUGUGACACCAUCGCCACAACAGGUUCGGGUUUGUCCUCCCCGUAUGUUACCUGAAGAUGGAGCUAAUCUUUCCUCUGCUCGUGGCAUUUUGUCGCUUAUCCAGUCUUCCACUCGUAGGGCUCACCAGCAGAUCUUGGAUGUGCUGGAUGAAAAUCGCAGACCUGUGUUGCGUGGUGGGUCUGCUGCCGCCACCUCUAACCCUCAUCAUGACAACGCCAGGUAUGGCAUUUCAAAUAUAGAUACAACGAUUGAAGGAACCUCAGAUGACAUGACUGUUAUAGAUGCAGCUUCAUUAAGACGACAGAUAAUCAAACUAAAUAGACGUCUACAGCUUCUGGAAGAGGAGAACAAAGAACGUGCUAAAAGAGAAAUGGUCAUGUAUUCAAUUACUGUAGCCUUCUGGCUGCUUAAUAGCUGGCUCUGGUUUCGCCGCUAGAGGUAACCUCAACUCUCAAAAAUAUUGUCUCAACGGCUGGAAAUAUAAAGAAUUUGCAAACUUCUUUA